ACAUACACUCAAGACAUGUUUGUACGGUGAUAUACCGUUCCCUUUUCCGUAUGGGAAAAAAAAAAGAUUUUAGGCUCUAUGUUCAAUGAUCGUUGCCUUCUGUAGAUCACAAACUAAAAACAAGAAUAGAAAAAAAAAUAUAUAUUGACAUAUACAUUUUGACAGCCGGCGUAAGAUAGGUAGUGAAUUGUGUUUACGAUAAUUUCAUUUAGCAUUAUUUAGAUAUUUAUUAGAAUUUAAUCAAAACAAAGUAGAACCUUAAAAUGGAGGAAUGGGAAUCCGAUAUUAUUGUCGAGAAGUGGUUACAAGAACACGACCCAACUGUUAUGCCUUUGCCAUCUCUAGAAUCUGAACCGCAUCUUCUUAUAUCCAAAGUUCGUAAACAUUAUAUGGAAUAUCUUAUAAAAUUACUAGCAGUAAAUUAUGAAAAAAACCAGAAGCUGCUUAAUAAGAACAUUUAUCUACCCAGUGCUAUUUGGAGAUGUGCUAAAAUGAUAGAGAUGUCCGCAGCACAAGCAUCUAUGGUGGUUCAGAUAUACAGAAACAGUAUUUCUGAAGUGAUCAAAGGUUUAAAAAAGUCAACAAGUAACAGCCUUCUGUAUAGAAAGCUCUAUGAGUGCCUUCACUAUGCACCAGAAAAUGAGAAGAAAACACAAACUACCAAUAGCAGGUCUAAAGAUUGCAACUGUCAAUGUUCCUGUAACCAAAGGAAGAAAAUGAAAAGAAUUUCGGAAUCUCCAAUAGAUAUGAGUAAAAACCUUGAAUUACCUAACAGUAAUAAUGUUUUGGCACAAAUUCCAAAUAACAUUGUAAUACAUCCAAAUACUGACAUAAAUAUGGUAAAUCACAGUAGUUCACCAAAGAAUAACACAAGAACCUCGAUAGACAUACAAGACUCUGAUGAAAUAAUGCUGCAACUUGAUAAAUUAUUUCAAGGUGAAGAAACUGAUGAGGAUCUAUUUCACAGUGCCCUGUGCAUGACAGAUAACUCUAAAAUAAAUGACGAAAGUGCAAUGCCUUCGAAUAUUAAGGCCCAUCAAGUAAAUUUGCCAAUUCAGCAGAACCAAGAAACACAAAAAUGUUUUGAUGAAAGACUGGCUUUAAUAAGUGGCAUAUUAGUUAACAACCCUGAAAACUCAGCUCAACAUCCAGUUCAUUGUACAAUUAAAAAAUCUAUUGCAAGAACAAGUAAAUGGCUAUGUGAAGAAUAUUUCCAAAAGGUUAAACUGUAUGAAUUGCUUGACCAAAUCAGAGACAAUGAUAGAAAUAAAUUUAGAAGGGUGAAACAAAGGCUAUUGGAUCUUUUUGGUGAUGAUAGUGAUGAUGAAGGUGUUGUUUCACCUCUGGAGGAGAGCCAUGAUUUUGUAACUAGUUGCAAAGAAAGAAUGGCACCUUGGAUUGUGAAAAUAUUAACACCAUAUUAUAUAAAAGGCAGAAUAAAAGGAAAAAAUUUGUUUAAAUCUUUGGUCAAACAUUUAAUAAGGCUUAUAUACCAAUGCAGUAAAUAUCCACAUGAAUAUGAAGUAUUAAGCUUUAUCAAAGAUUUUCUGGAUGCCCAUAAAGUAAUUCGAUGUGAAGCUGACUUCAAGAAGUUUAGAAUAGAAAACAAUUAGGGCUUCUUGUGUCUAUUUUUCUUUAUUAUUUCUUGCUAAAUAAUAUUUUGUGUAUGUGGAUUACAACAUAAUAUUAAUUUGCUUUGUUAAAGCUCCAACCCAGGUAAACUGUUGUUUAUAGGGGGGGAAAAAAAAAUAUUUUAAAUGACAUCAAUCAUAUCAUUGUAUGUAAGUUAUCAGAUUAGAAAUUGGUGCUGGUUCUAAUCAACAUCUAAACUCAAUUGAUAUGUUGAAAAUAGCCUUUUCUAUACAUAAUAUUUGGUGGAAAUUAUGUAGCAACAUAUCUCUAAAUUGAACUAAGUUGACAUAUCUAAAAGAAAGAGCUAUUUCUUUUAGUCUUCUCACAAUGCUCACUGCAACAUAAAAAAGGAUAACUUUAAUUUCUGACCUAUCAACAUUGGGAAAAGGAAAUCACUACUUUUAUGGCUGUCAACUUUAUUUGGAGAUAUUUGAAACCAUUACCCAAUUUUAUAAUAUAAUCUUUGUAUUUAAAUUAGACAUUAAACAUACAUUGUCCAAUCAAAAUACAAAGAAAUAUAUAUAUAAAAUAUUGAGAUAGUUUGUGCAUCUACCGGUUCUAACAUGUUCAAUAGAUUGGUAAGAUUUCCAGUGACUAAUUUACAAAAUAUUUCAAAUAAUUACGAUUAGUCAUCAGAAACUGACCAUGAAAUGGUGCUUAUUCUGUUGUACACAAAUCUCUGAACUAAACCGAUAGGUUUUAAAAUAGUACUAAAGCAUGUAUACUAAAGCCGUCAAGAACAAUGUAAAAGGGGUGGGAUUACUUUUGGCCCUGUUAAUUUGUUUACAGCAUAAUUGGCACCUAUGUCUUAAGAUUCAACCUGUGUCAAUUAUGCGGGAGAUGUCAAAAACCACAAGCUUGACAAUAAUUAGUAAAAAGUAUCUGGUGAUUAUAAUGCCUUAAAAGUGAUUGUCACAUUAUGCCUGAUCGGCAGUUGUUGGAUAAAUAAAUAUGAAAAAAAAUUA